AUGGGCCUCCGACUCGUGGAAGAGCUCGACGCGCCGAGCCUCCUCAUCCUCACGCUUCUCUGCGUCCUCGUCGAGGCCAGCAUGUACUACUACACGCACCGCGGUGAGCGCCCCGGCGCCGACGAGCUCCGCCUUCAGAAGGAGCAUGCGCUCCUCUCGCUCCAAGCCAAGAAGCUCAACUCGGUCGACAUGUUUGUCGAGCACUCCAAGAUCACGCGCCAAAUGAACACGAUCAAGAAGCAGGAGCAGACGCUCGCGAUGGAGCGCAUGGCGCAGUUCACGGUCUCGCCGCUCGUCAAGUACGUGCAGCCGGCUUGCCUCGUGCUAAUCGUCGCCUUGUACUGGAACGCGCCCCUGGUUCUCUUCCCGUCCGGGUACCUCAUGCCCCUCGAGCGCCUCCUCGCGAUGCCCUUCUUCCCCGCCGGCGUCGUCUCGGCCGGUGGCUGGUGGUGCCUCUGCCGUCGCGUGCUCGGCAAGGUGCUCGUCUAA